UGUGUACGUGAAGACAUUUGGGCAAGUUUACUUUUAGUGUUUGCGCAUAGCUGCGUGUUGGUGCGACAUCCACUAUCAAUGGAUUCACAAAAUAGUAGCGCAAAAGAUGACGAUGGAGGUCAAUGGAAUAAUGGAUACGAUGCCGCUCCCGAAAUAGCUGAUCAGUUGAAAAGUGACAUCGAAUCAAAGAAGCCAGAAAAUAAAAAUACAAAUGCUACCCCAGAACGACCAAAAUGGGAUAAUCAAUUAGAAUUUCUCAUGUCAUGCAUCGCCACCUCAGUUGGCUUGGGCAACGUAUGGCGUUUCCCAUUCGUAGCCUACCAAAAUGGUGGCGGAGCAUUUCUCAUACCCUAUAUAAUUAUCCUUCUUAUUAUCGGUAAAUCGAUGUAUUACUUGGAAACUGUACUGGGACAAUUUAGUAACAGUAACUGUGUCAAAAUAUGGGCUCUAUCGCCUGCCAUGAAAGGUACGGGCUACGUUCAAGCCUUAAGUGCGGUAUACGUUCUAUCGUAUUAUGUUUCAAUCAUCGCUUUAUGUUUCUUCUAUUUGGCAAUGAGUUUCCAGUCGCCUCUACCUUGGGCAUUGUGUGAUGAAUCAUGGCUCAACUGUGUCCCGUCAGGUGAAGCCGUUAAUAUGAGUUCUAUACAGGGUAAUCCCGUGAGCAGUGCCGAGUUGUAUUUCACGCAAACAGUCUUGCGUCAGUCGGAUGGCAUUCAUGACGGUAUUGGUGUUCCUCUAUGGGACUUAACACUAUGCCUGUUCGCGUCGUGGAUAAUAAUCUUUGUAAUCGUUGCAAGAGGAGUUAAGAGUUCAGGAAAAGCGUCCUACUUCCUCGCGCUUUUUCCUUACGUUGUUAUGAUAAUUUUACUCAUUCGUUCUGUUACCCUGCCCGGAGCUGCUAAUGGAAUACUAUUUUUCGUGACACCAGAUUGGAAUAAGAUACUUGAGAUUAGGGUUUGGUAUGCAGCCGUAACACAAGUUUUCUUCUCAUUAUCAGUGUGUUCCGGUGCAUUGAUUAUGUUUUCGUCUUACAAUGGCUUUAGACAAAAUGUUUACAGAGAUUCUAUGAUCGUGACAACUUUAGAUACGUUCACGAGUCUUAUAUCAGGCAUCACAAUCUUUGGAGUGCUGGGUAACUUGGCAUACGAGUUAAACUACGAUGACGUAAGUCAGGUCAUUGGCGCGGGAGGUACCAGUCUCGCGUUUAUAUCUUACCCGGACGCUAUUGCCAAGUCUCCAGUUGUGCCUCAGCUGUUCGCGGUACUUUUCUUUCUCAUGAUGGCGGUAUUAGGAGUGGGAUCCGGCGUCGCUCUACUGUCCACUGUCAAUACAAUACUACUGGACGCCUUUCCCCGAAUACCGACGUUAUACAUGGCUGCUAUUAGUUGCACCGUGGGUUUCCUUGUAGGACUGGUUUACGUCACACCGGGUGGUCAAUACAUAUUAGAGCUGGUGGAUCACUACGGAGGGACAUUUAUGAGACUGUUCGCAGCUAUCAUUGAGACUAUUGGUGUAUUUUGGAUUUACGGUCUCGAAAACUUAUGUACAGACAUAGAGUUUAUGUUAGGAUUGAAAACGUCAUUCUACUGGCGUAUUUGCUGGGCAAUACUCACGCCGUUUAUUAUGAUUGCUGUUUUCUUCUAUGCCCUCGUCUCUACAGGCACUCUAACGUUCGGAGAUGAUUACUACUAUCCAAAAGCAGCUUACAUUGCUGGCGAUCUCAUGCAAUACCUAGGAAUAGCUUUAGUUCCUCUCUUUAUCGCACACGCUUUAUGGAAAUAUAGAUCUAACAAUGUUAUUGAGACUGUCAAAGCAGCUUUUAGUAAAAAGCCUACGUACGGCCCCCAGGAACCAGAGUUGUUUGAGGAAUGGAAACAAUUCCGCCGCGAAGUCAAAUACGAGAGACAGCAAAUGAGAAAGAAUUGGCUCCAGCACAUAGGGCUCUCCCUGACGGGCGGGUACAGAAGAGGAAAACCAGUUAUAAAACCAAAAUAAAUAUAUUA